AUGACAGCUGACGCUCCAAAGCCUCAAGAAGUUCCCGAGCCGGACCCGAAUUUUAUCGGAGGAACUCCGUUAGCUUGGGCAAUUGUAGAGAAAGACCUACAGAAAUAUUUCGGCACGACUGCGCGUUUUGGAGACAACCGGAAAGCCGAGAAAUUUGGUGCUAACCAAGGUUAUAUUUCGCAAGUAUUACUUGCCGACCUUGACUGGACCGAAGAUGAUGAAAAACUACCAAAACGAUUGAUUCUGAAGAUCACCGAGACUGAGAAGCUGCGUGUGUUGUGCGAGCAAAUUUUCAAGAAGGAUUUUAAUGCAAUGAAGGAUGGAAUCGUGAAGAUUCACGACAAUGAAGUGAACGUUUACACCUUGAUGCGAGAUGAAUGGAAUUGCGCGGAUGACAUGAGAAUGCCGAAGUUCUAUUUCGGACGCCAUUAUGGUUUUGAUGGGAUUGAUGCUGGCUACCUGGCAAUUGAAUUUAUCGAUAACUGUAUUUUGCGGCACAUGUAUCAUACUGUGCAGGUAGAGUCGGCAGAAGAAGUUCUGGGCGUGAUUGCGAAGUUGGGUGCACGAGCUUUGAAGGAUCAAGCUGUCGUCAAGCGCUUCGAGCAUGAUUUUCUUAUGGAUAUGUUCAAAGACAUUUUUUCGCCGGAGAAAACCCGAGAAGGGUUUCCAGUGUUAACGAAAAUGUUCCCAGAGUUGGAACAGCACGUGGAAUUUAUUGAUUCAAAGCUGGAGGCGUUUGUUGGGGUGGAAAGAUAUCAAGCAGUGCUAGAAGAGCUCGAAGAUAUUCUUCGAUUUUUAAAUGGAGCGUUGCCUGGAGAAGAUAAAGUCAAAAACCGGAAACGACUGAUCCAACACUACCACGAUACGCUAGUCAAAGAAUGCAAUGGAGAAGUGGAGGUCCCAUUUACUGUUGAGAAGCUAAACGAAGCCUAUGAACGUAUUCUGCCAACCUUCACCUUUCCAGCUUUGCCAGCCUUUGUGGGAAUGUUUGACAUGGUUGUCGCUGGGGUGCCCGACGAUGAAAAAGAGGGCGCAAAGGCCACCCUACGAACCAAAAUGUGGGCUCAAAUUCAAGAAGCGCUGGACAUGCUGCAUAAAUGGUAU